GGGUGAGGACAGGAGCUGGUCCGGAGUGGGUUCAGGAUUGAGCCCGAGGCCACGUGAGGACCGCCUGCGCCCCAGAAGCAGGAUGAGAAGAUGGCAGACUUCCUGUUACCCCGGGGCACCAGCAGCUUCCGCAAGUUCACCCGGGAGUCCCUGGCGGCCAUCGAGAAGCGCAUGGCGGAGAGGCAAGCCCGGGGCUCGGCCGCCUCGCAGGAGAGCCGCGAAGGGCCGCCCGAGGAGGAGGCCCUCCGGCCUCAGCUGGACCUGCAGGCCUCCAAAAAGCUGCCGGAUCUCUACGGCACCCCGCCCCGAGAGCUCAUCGGGGAACCCCUGGAGGACCUGGACCCCUUCUACAGCGCCCAAAAGACCUUCAUCGUGCUGAACACAGGCAAGACCAUCUUCCGGUUCAGUGCCACGAAUGCCUUGUACGUGCUCAGUCCCUUCCACCCUGUCCGGAGAGCGGCUGUGAAGAUUCUGGUUCACUCGCUCUUCAGCAUGCUCAUCAUGUGCACCAUCCUGACCAACUGCGUGUUCAUGGCCCAGCACGACCCUCCGCCCUGGACCAAGUAUGUCGAGUACACCUUCACCGCCAUCUACACCUUCGAGUCUCUGGUCAAGAUCCUGGCUCGAGGCUUCUGCCUGCACGCAUUCACCUUCCUGCGGGACCCGUGGAACUGGCUGGACUUCAGUGUGAUUGUCAUGGCAUACACCACUGAAUUUGUGGACCUGGGCAAUGUCUCGGCCUUACGUACCUUCCGAGUCCUCCGGGCCCUGAAAACUAUAUCAGUCAUUUCAGGCCUGAAGACCAUCGUGGGGGCCCUGAUCCAGUCCGUGAAGAAGCUGGCCGACGUGAUGGUCCUCACGGUCUUCUGCCUCAGCGUCUUCGCCCUCAUUGGUCUGCAGCUCUUCAUGGGCAACCUGAGACACAAGUGCGUCCGCAACUUCACGAUGCUCAACGGCACCAACGGCUCGGUGGAGGCCGACGGCCUGGUGUGGGCGUCCCUGGACCUCUACCUCAACCACUCAGAAAAUUACUUGCUGAAGAACGGCACCUCCGAUGUGCUGCUGUGUGGAAACAGCUCCGACGCCGGGACGUGCCCCGAGGGCUACCGGUGCCUGAAGGCCGGAGAGAACCCUGACCAUGGCUACACCAGCUUCGACUCAUUCGCCUGGGCCUUCCUCGCACUCUUCCGCCUGAUGACGCAGGACUGCUGGGAGCGCCUCUACCAGCAGACCCUGAGGUCUGCAGGGAAGAUCUACAUGAUUUUCUUCAUGCUGGUCAUCUUCCUGGGCUCCUUCUACCUGGUGAACCUGAUCCUGGCUGUGGUGGCCAUGGCCUACGAGGAGCAGAACCAAGCCACCAUCGCUGAGACUGAGGAGAAGGAAAAGCGCUUCCAGGAGGCCAUGGAGAUGCUCAAGAAGGAGCAUGAGGCCCUGACCGUCAGGGGUGUGGACACCAUGUCCCGCAGCUCCUUGGAGAUGUCCCCUUUGGGCCCACUAACCACUCAUGAAAGAAGACGCAGGAGGAGCAAACGAAUGUCUUCAGGGACGGAGGAGUGUGGGGAUGACAGGCUCCCCAAGUCCGACUCGGAGGACGGACCCAGAGCAGCGAGUCAUCCGAGUAGCGCCCACGGCCUCAGCAGGACCUCCUUGAAGCCACGCUCCAGCCGAGGGAGCAUCUUCACCUUCCGCAGGCGAGACCUGGGCUCAGAGACAGAUUUUGCGGAUGAUGAAAACAGCACAGCGGGGGACAGCGAGAGCCACCGCACGUCACUGCUAGUGCCCUGGCCUCUGCGCCGGCCCAGUGCCCGGGGACAGCCCAGUCCUGCGCUGUCGGCGCCCAGCCACGCCCUCCAUGGUAAAAGGAACAGCACCGUGGACUGCAACGGGGUGGUCUCCUUGCUGGGGGCAGGUGACCGUGAGGCCACCUCCCCAGGGAGCCGUCUCCUCCGCCCCGCCAUGCUGGAUCGCCCUCCAGACACGACCACACCGUCGGAGGAGCCGGGCAGGCCCCAGGUGCUGACGCCCCAGGCGCCGUGUGCGGACGGCUCCGCGGAACGCGAGGAGCGGCAGCGGGCGCUCAGCGCAGUCAGCGUCCUCACCAGCGCACUGGAAGAGUUGGAAGAGUCUCACCGUAAGUGUCCGCCAUGCUGGAACCGCUUCGCUGAGCGCUACCUCAUCUGGGAGUGCUGCCCGCUGUGGAUGUCCAUCAAGCAGAGAGUGAGGUUCAUGGUCAUGGAUCCCUUCGCCGACCUCACCAUCACCAUGUGCAUCGUGCUGAACACCCUCUUCAUGGCGCUGGAGCACUACAACAUGACCACUGACUUCGAGGAGAUGCUGCAGGUUGGGAACCUGGUCUUCACGGGCAUCUUCACGGCAGAGAUGACCUUCAAGAUCAUCGCCCUGGACCCCUACUACUACUUCCAGCAGGGCUGGAACAUCUUCGACAGCAUCAUCGUCAUCUUGAGCCUCAUGGAGCUGGGCCUGUCCCGCAUGGGCAACCUCUCGGUGCUGCGCUCCUUCCGCCUGCUGCGGGUCUUCAAGCUGGCCAAGUCAUGGCCCACCCUGAACACGCUCAUCAAGAUCAUCGGGAACUCGGUGGGGGCGCUGGGGAACCUGACGCUGGUGCUGGCCAUCAUCGUGUUCAUCUUCGCCGUGGUGGGCAUGCAGCUCUUCGGCAAGAACUACUCGGAGCUGCGGCACCGCAUCAGCGACUCGGGCCUGCUGCCGCGCUGGCACAUGAUGGACUUCUUCCACGCCUUCCUCAUCAUCUUCCGCAUCCUCUGUGGGGAGUGGAUUGAGACCAUGUGGGACUGCAUGGAGGUGUCCGGCCAGUCCCUGUGCCUGCUGGUCUUCCUGCUCGUCAUGGUCAUUGGCAACCUGGUGGUCCUGAACCUCUUCCUGGCUCUGCUGCUCAGCUCCUUCAGCGCGGACAACCUCACGGCCCCCGACGACGAGGAGAUGAACAACCUGCAGGUGGCCCUGGCACGCAUCCAGCGGGGCCUGCGCCUCCUCAAGCGGGCCGCCUGGGACAGCUGCCACCGGCUCCUGCAGCGGCCGCCUCCAAAGCCCGCCGCCCUCGCCGCCACCAGCCAGCUGCCCGUCUGCAUCGCUGCCCCCGGCUCGCCGCCCCCGGAGCCCGAGAGGGCGCCUCCUGCCCACAAGGAGACGCGGUUCGAGGAGGGCCAGCGGCCGGGCCAGGGCGCCCCCGGGGACACCGAGCCCGUGUGUGUGCCCAUCGCCGUGGCCGAGUCAGACACAGAUGACCCGGAGGAGGAGGAGGAAAACAGCCUGGGCACGGAGGAGGAGUCCAGUAAGCAGGAAUCCCAGCCUGUUUCCGGCAGCUCAGAGGCCCUCCCAAAGCCCAGGGCCUGGAGCCAGGUGUCAGAGACCCCCUCCUCCGAGGCCGAGGCCAGUGUGGCCCAGGCAGACUGGCGGCAGCAGCGGAGAGCGGAGCCUCGGGCCGCGGGGCGCCGUGAGACUCAGGAGGACAGUUACUCGGAAGGGAGCACAGCAGACAUGACCAACACGGCUGACCUCCUGGAGCAGAUCCCCGACCUGGGUGAGGACGUCAAGGACCCGGAGGACUGCUUCACUGAAGGCUGUGUCCGGCGCUGUCCUUGCUGCACCGUGGACACCACGCAGGCCCCAGGGAAGGUCUGGUGGCGCCUGCGCAAGACGUGCUAUCGCAUCGUGGAGCACAGCUGGUUCGAGACGUUCAUCAUCUUCAUGAUCCUGCUCAGCAGCGGAGCGCUGGCCUUCGAGGACAUCUACCUGGAGGAACGGAAGACCGUCAAGGUCCUGCUCGAGUACGCCGACAAGAUGUUCACCUACGUCUUCGUGCUGGAGAUGCUGCUCAAGUGGGUGGCCUACGGCUUCCGGAAGUACUUCACCAACGCCUGGUGCUGGCUGGACUUCCUCAUCGUGGACGUCUCGCUGGUCAGCCUGGUGGCCAACACCCUGGGCUUCGCAGAGAUGGGCCCCAUCAAGUCACUGCGGACGCUGCGUGCGCUCCGACCACUGCGAGCCCUGUCCCGCUUUGAGGGCAUGAGGGUGGUGGUCAACGCCCUGGUGGGCGCCAUCCCCUCCAUCAUGAACGUCCUGCUCGUCUGCCUCAUCUUCUGGCUCAUCUUCAGCAUCAUGGGCGUCAACCUCUUCGCCGGGAAGUUUGGGCGCUGCAUCAACCAGACUGAGGGAGACCUGCCUUUGAACCACACCAUCGUGAACAACAAGAGCGACUGCGAGUCUUUCAACGUGACUGGAGAGCUGUACUGGACCAAGGUGAAGGUCAACUUCGACAACGUGGGCGCCGGGUACCUGGCGCUUCUGCAGGUGGCAACAUUUAAAGGCUGGAUGGACAUCAUGUACGCGGCCGUGGACUCCAGGGGGUAUGAAGAGCAGCCUCAGUGGGAGCACAACCUCUACAUGUACAUCUACUUCGUCAUUUUUAUCAUCUUCGGGUCCUUCUUCACCCUGAACCUUUUCAUCGGCGUCAUCAUUGACAACUUCAACCAACAAAAGAAAAAGUUAGGGGGCCAGGACAUCUUCAUGACGGAGGAGCAGAAGAAAUACUACAACGCCAUGAAGAAGCUGGGCUCCAAGAAGCCCCAGAAGCCCAUCCCUCGGCCCCUGAACAAGUACCAGGGCUUCCUGUUCGACAUUGUGACCAAGCAAGCCUUCGAUGUCACCAUCAUGUUCCUUAUUUGCUUGAACAUGGUGACCAUGAUGGUGGAGACAGACGACCAGAGCCCUGAGAAGGUCAACAUCUUGGCCAAGAUCAACCUGCUCUUCGUGGCCAUCUUCACGGGCGAGUGCAUCAUCAAGAUGGCCGCCCUGCGCCACUACUAUUUCACCAACAGCUGGAACAUCUUCGACUUCGUGGUUGUCAUCCUCUCCAUCGUGGGCACUGUGCUCUCAGACAUCAUCCAGAAGUACUUCUUCUCCCCGACGCUGUUCCGAGUCAUCCGCCUGGCCCGAAUCGGCCGCAUCCUCAGGCUGAUCCGCGGGGCCAAGGGCAUCCGCACGCUGCUCUUCGCCCUCAUGAUGUCCCUGCCUGCCCUCUUCAACAUCGGGCUGCUGCUCUUCCUCGUCAUGUUCAUCUACUCCAUCUUCGGCAUGGCCAACUUCGCGUACGUCAAGUGGGAGGCCGGCAUCGACGACAUGUUCAACUUCCAGACCUUCGCCAACAGCAUGCUGUGCCUCUUCCAGAUCACCACGUCGGCGGGCUGGGACGGCCUCCUCAGCCCCAUCCUCAACACGGGGCCCCCCUACUGCGACCCCAGUCUGCCCAACAGCAACGGCUCCCGGGGGAACUGCGGGAGCCCGGCCGUGGGCAUCCUGUUCUUCACCACCUACAUCAUCAUCUCCUUCCUCAUCGUGGUCAACAUGUACAUCGCCAUCAUCCUGGAGAACUUCAGCGUGGCCACGGAGGAGAGCACCGAGCCCCUGAGCGAGGACGACUUCGACAUGUUCUACGAGACCUGGGAGAAGUUCGACCCGGAGGCCACCCAGUUCAUCGAGUACGCGGCGCUGGCCGACUUCGCCGACGCGCUGGCCGAGCCGCUGCGCAUCGCCAAGCCCAACCACAUAAGCCUCAUCAACAUGGACCUGCCCAUGGUGAGCGGGGACCGCAUCCACUGCAUGGACAUCCUCUUCGCCUUCACCAAGCGGGUUCUGGGCGAGUCCGGGGAGAUGGACGCCCUCAAGAUCCAGAUGGAGGAGAAGUUCAUGGCGGCCAACCCGUCCAAGAUCUCCUACGAGCCCAUCACCACCACGCUGCGGCGCAAGCACGAGGAGGUGUCGGCCACCGUCAUCCAGCGCGCCUUCCGCAGGCACCUGCUGCAGCGCUCCGUGAAGCACGCCUCCUUCCUCUUCCGCCAGCAGGCGGGCGCCGGCCUCUCGGGGGAGGACGCCCCGGAGCAGGAGGGCCUGGUGGCCUGCAGGAUGAGCGGGAACUUCUCCGGGCGCCCGGGCCCGCUCUCCAGCUCCUCCAUCUCCUCCACCUCCUUCCCGCCCUCCUACGACAGCGUCACCAGGGCCACCAGCGACAACCCCCACUUGCGGGCGUCCGACUCCAGCCCCAGCGAGGACCUGGCCGACUCCCCCACGUCCCCAGACAGGGACCGCGAGUCUGUCGUGUGAGCCGCGCCCCAGCCGGCCAGGACACGCCGCCACCGCCGCCAGCGUGCAUGGGCCCUCCGGCUCGGGCUCCCGGUGACACGGGCCUCGGCCCCAGGGAGCACCGAGGCGCAGCGCUGUGGCAGCCGCACCGAGCGUUCGGGGUGGCCCAUCCGGUCAGGCCACACCCCGGGGCUCUGCAAAGCGACCUGAUCCCGGCUGCUGAGACAAAAUGUAAGACUGAGCCUGUAUGUUCUCAAUGGGCUUUCAUAAAUUUAUUAUAUUUGAUAUUUUUUUACUUGAGCGAAGAACUAACUUUUUUCCAUGGACAGUGGCAGCAAUUCACACUCUGCCUUUUCUGGACGUGCGACAGGAGUGUCUGUGAGCUGCCGGAGCUGCGUCCUCAAAGCAAGAGUGAGGCCCGGAAGGGGUCCCCUGCUGCUCGGGCCGUGUGCACGCGCUCCACACACAGGCCACGCGUGGCCCCGGCUCCCCUCGGCAGGGGUCGGGCAGAGGGCUUCUUGUCAGUGGGGGCUCGCGCUGGCCUUCCACUGUCCCCCGGGGCCUGUUUGCCCCCCGCGGUUUUAUGCUGGCCGUACUGGGGUCGUUUCUACAAACAUGAGAAGCUUCCAGAAGGGAACGGCCUGGGUCCCAGGGCUGGUCCGAGGCACCGAGGUUGCCUUUUCUUGCCAGGAGGGCCGGGUCUUCUGCAAGAGUAUUAACGUUAAGGCGAGGGGCACAGGGGAGCAGCCCCGGGCUCGGCCUGGCCCCCAGCUCCCUCUCCUCCGAGCCCGCCAGGCCCUGCCCCACGGCCCGGUAGAGACGCGAGAGCGGGCACCGGCACCGUUAGGGCGAAGGAGCCCAAAGGCUUCCGCCAUGGGGCCCCGCCCGUCUGCAGAAGGGAAGCUGCUGUUGGGCGGGGGGCUCUGCCCUCACCCUGCGUGCGGGUGUGGGAUGGGUGGGAAGGAGCCGCAGGUGGUCAGACAGCCCCCGCCCUGGGAGGGGACUGGCCGUGUGGCCCCUCUCGCUGGGCCGGGGUCCUGGUGGCACCGCCCGUGGGACAAUCUGGGGCGCGGGGUCCAGGCUGUCCGAAGGUCUUGUGAGAGGACCUUUUCAGGGAAAAUACUUUUUCUAGUCCAGUUACCCCCAGGGCCUCUUCAGCUGCUGACAAUCCUGUUUAGCAUAUGCAAAUCUCCUAACGCAGAGACAGCUGGGAAGCCGGAGACUGGCCGCCCCUAACCUACCUCGCUGAGCUGCCUGAGGGCUGGACGUCCGGGCUCCUGGCAGUGCUGAGGGGGCAUUGCCAGCGAGUCAAGUAUUACGGUUCUCUUUGUCCCCCUGCCCCCACCAAGUUCCCUGGGUGGCAUCCCCAGCGCCCCCCCCCCCGCCCAGGGGACUUCCCUCCUCCCGUGUCCCCUGGGGUCCAGUGUGGGAUGUGGGUCCACCGCCCCAGAGCUCCUUCUCUGGUGGAAAUCUGUCUGCAGCUCUCUGCGCGCCCUGCCUCGGGGCUUGGAGCGGCGUGCGCCCCCCUGCAGGCAGCGCCCGGGAGGCAGGACUGUGGCCCCGAGGCAGGCGGGCUGGCCGCCCAGCUGGCCGGGAGGGGCUGUGGUGUCCUGCGAGUGUGGACGGCCCGGGGGCCCCCCCGAGGCAGGGCGAGCUCCGCCGCCUCCUUAGCUUUUAGCGUGGCUCUUUUCCCCGGAACUGCCCGAUGCCCAGCAGGAGGGGGUGGGGAAGAGGGGGCAUCAGGUGGCAGCAUGGUCUGAGCGAAUCGAGCACUUGUCACCAAACUCCGUGUACAAAUAAGAUACAUAUUUUUAAAUGAAAACCAAUAAAUGGCUUACACGAC